GUUGCACUGUUGUGAUAACUUCCCGUGUCAUAGAACACUUUUUUUUGCCAGCCUGAAAAUGAGUUUAUUUUUGCCAAAAUUGACCUGCAAAAAAGAUAUAGACGACGUUAUCAAAACAGUAGCAGAAAAGGUGGUUGUUUUGAGAUUUGGGAGGGAUGAAGACUCAGUUUGUCUCCAGCUAGAUGAAAUUCUGUCAAAAACGUCACAUGACCUGAGCAACAUGGCCUCCAUCUACAUAGUCGAUGUAGAUAAAGCCCCAAUUUACACCAGUUAUUUUGAUAUCAGUUACAUCCCAUCAACUGUAUUCUUUUUCAAUGGACAGCACAUGAAAGUGGACUAUGGGUCACCAGACCACACAAAGUUUGUUGGCAGCUUCAAAACCAAACAAGAUUUCAUGGAUCUUAUUGAGGUCAUAUAUAGAGGAGCCAUGCGGGGGAAAAUGAUUGUCCGGAGUCCCAUCGACCCCAAAAAUAUUCCCAAAUAUGACCUUCUCUACCAUGGGAUUUGAAAUCAACAGCUAUUCCGCAUGUGAUGCGUUAACUACCAUUGUUUUAGCUCUUAGCUUCCAUCAAACUGGAAUGUCCAAGUAUCUCUACUGCACAUACAAUUUUGAUCAUGUUGAGUGUUGUGAUGUUUCCUAUGGAAAACAAGUAGGAUUACUGUGAAAUGUGUAUUCAUGGAAUACAAAUGUUAUGUUGCAAUAAAGUUUUAUAUUCUGUUCAUAAA